CAGCACAUUGGACGCCUUUCAACCACCGGCAUCAAUGAGACAGACAGAAUCUUGCUCGACAAACUCUGCCUCCGCGUCUCCAAGGAUGAUGCCAGUAACAACGACCCCGAUAAGGCUGUUCAAGGACUCUAAGAACUUGAUAUGCACGACGGCAAGAUUGACACGAAAAAUGAGCAAUUGGGAUUCCUAUUCUCGCUUUUUGUGUGCAUCUACAACUCCAAACUCCCCUCCAAUUUGGAGUCGGGGUCCCAUGUCCUUCGGUUCAUCGAGAAAGCCAAGAAAUUCUUGCCAGCCAUAACCAAGGACGGGACAAAGAUGUCAUAUUCAGGACCCACUGUUCUGAGAUCUACUGCCACACAGCUUUCGGUCGAGUUAAAGAAUCAUUACUGCAAUGGCUCAAAAGAUCUUUGUGAGAAGAUCAAGGCUUGUAUGACAAAGGGUCUUCUUUUGUCUGCAGAUGCAUUAGGUAGCAUUGAUCACGGUAUUUCAGCAAUCGAGAACUUUAUUCCUCUAGACAGGGUCUGCAUGAGUGGUCGGAGGCUGGCUCCGCUAACCCCCUUUGAAGACAUCUUCGUAUCUCUUUCGGAGUUGGAGCUGACCAAGAUCUUUUGGCAAGGUGUGGCCUUGCGAAAGCUACUUCAAAACUAUGCCAAGCCAGAUUUCCCAAGCACCGAAAAUAUCGCGCGGGUGGACGUGUCGUAUUGGCCCUCGAAAAUGACACCUUAACAUUUCAUUACCAAGCUGGUCACCGACAUUGGAAGAUAUACGCCAGAGGGAUAGAAAAGAUUCAUAAAGUAUCACACGACGACCUUGAUGGCACUGCUUGAUAAGAUAAGACAGCACAUUGGAGGCAUUCAGCUCUUACAAGGGACGCGGUUAUGCUCUAUGCAGCUUGCAAUAAAGUAAGGUUUUACCAGUGGAAAACAAAUAACG